AUGAUUGUACUACAGAUUGUCCAAUUUGAACAAUUAAUGUUACCCGUGCGCAGGUCCCUUGAUCGCUUUACAUUUCAGUACAUAUUAAAUUAUGAUCUCGAGGAAAUUUCCUGAAUCGCAGGAGUAGCUGCAUCAAAGUGAUAUAGACAUCAGUUUACGACCGGCAGCAUAUGAAUCAAGUUUUUUCAAAUUCCAAAGAAAAAUGAACAAAAUCGUACUUGUUUUUACCGUUUUAGCUGUAAUAAUUGCAUUGGUCGAUUAUUGGAAAUUCUUCAAGGAAGUGGAACCUGAAGUAAUGCCGGAAGACGUGUGGUGGGGACUAGAAUCUGAUCGCGUUAAUUUUGACAGAAACACGUUUCACACACAAAUUCUACCAUUUCAAAUAAACAUUUCAGACAGGAUUAUAGGAGACUUGAAGGACCGACUGUCCAAGACCAGAAGUUUAGCGAAGCCUUUGGAAAACGUCAACUUCGAGUACGGCUUCAACAGUGACCGGCUGUCGGAGAUCCUGGACCACUGGGCGAACCGUUACGACUGGACGGCCAGACAAGCGUACCUAAACGGAUUGCCGCAGUUCAAGACCCGCAUCUACGGCCUCGACGUGCACUUCGUACACGCGAAACCAGCAUCGGUUGUCCCUGGUGGGAACGUUCAGACCGUCAUACCGUUACUCCUGCUGCAUGGGUGGCCGGGUUCCGUGGUCGAGUUUUAUGAAAUGAUCCCGUUGCUGACCGCCGGGGACGCGCGAGGGAUCGCGUUCGAGGUGAUCGCGCCGUCGUUGCCCGGCUACGGGUUUUCGGAACCGGCCGUCAGACCCGGCAUGGGUCCCGCGCAGAUCGGUCAGAUGUUCGUCGAACUGAUGAGGAGACUUGGCCAUGGCAGGUUCUACGUGCAAGGCGGCGAUUGGGGGUCGAUUAUUGCCGAGACCAUAUCUACAAUUUACCCGGAUAGGGUUCGUGGUAUGCAUUCCAAUUUUUGUUCAGUUACUUCGUUCUUGACACUGGGCGAUUACACCAGGUUAAUUUUGGGAGCGUACUGGCCCUCGUUGGCGGUCAGUUCUGAGAUAGAGAAAUCACGAACAUAUCCGCUGAGCGAGUUGCUAAUGUCGUUCCUAGAAGAGACUGGAUACAUGCAUUUGCAAAUGACCAAACCGGACACAGUGGGAGUUGGUCUGACCGAUUCGCCGGCUGGAUUGGCUGCUUACAUCUUGGAAAAAUUCUCCUCGUGGACCAAUUUAAAAAAUAAACACUUAUUGGAUGGUGGUUUUUCCAAAUACAAUAUAAACGCACUUUUGGAUAACGUUAUGAUUUACUGGGUAACCGGAUCCAUAACCACUUCGAUGCGUCUUUACUCGGAGUACGCCUCUAAACAUUAUCAAACUCUGCCGCAUAAAAAGGCCAAAGUAAAAGUGCCUGCAGCUUGCGCUUUGUUCCCAGAAGAAAUGGCCAUGGCAUUGAAUCUAAAGAAAUUCCUUAAAAUAAAAUAUAUAAAUCUGGUCAGUGCUACGGAAAUGAAGGAAGGCGGACAUUUCGCUGCAUUCGAACAACCCAAACUGCUGGCUGAAGACAUUAGGUCAUCGAUUAUUGCGAUGGAAGCAAUUCAAAAAUAAAUUUAACCAACUUUUAUUUUUCAUAUACUAUAUUUUUAAAUUUUGUACGUUUACUAGCAAUUCGAUUACUCUGAAUAAAUUAUCCCAUCAAAGUUUUAAAUUCAAAAAAAUUGAAA